GUCCCUGGUGCUCAUGGAUUCCGUCAUCGCUGCUUUGAACUUUGAUCGUUCUACCCUGCCCUAGCUGCGUCUGAUAAAACUCCGACAGCCGAGUCUCGCGACGGUUAGCUGACGCCAUUACGAGUAGUGAACUGCUGUAAUCAUCCUUCGAGAUUACAUUUGUCAUUCAUCACUGAGAGUUCUGAAAGGAAGUAGAAUGGGUCUUCACAAAUUCCCUGUCCGAAGUAAUUGUCUACACUGGCAGCUCCUACUUGCUGUAUCUACUCUUCUGUUCCUAGCAGUAUGCUCAGUUGCAUCUCCCUUUGAAUCUCAUAAAAGAGGCAAAUCAUCUAUAUUUUCUCUGUUUAACCUCAAAGACAAGAGCCGAUUCUGGAGUGAGGAUGUGAUGCGUAGUGAUUUUAGAGAUUUAAAGUUAUCAAGCCACAGCAAAUUAAGCGCACUUAACUACACCAAUGCAGGUAAUAUUGCAAACUAUCUUAAGCUCCUUGAAGUUGAUUCCAUCUACCUUCCAGUUCCCGUGAAUUUUAUCUUUAUAGGAUUUGAAGGGAAAGGUCACCAAGAGUUCAAGCUUCACCCAGAAGAAAUUGAGCGCUGGUUUACAAAAAUUGAUCACAUCUUUGAACACACACGGGUUCAACAUGAAGAGAUUCUAAGCCCAUUCUCCAAAAUCAGUGCAGAUAAAAUGCAGCUGCACCACCAUCUUCCUGUUGUCAGUCACAUAAAUUACAAUUUUUCCGUUCAUGCUAUAGAAAUGGGGGAGAAGGUUACUUCUUUACUAGAGCAUGCUAUAAAUACUUUUGGUCGCAUGGAAAAUCCAGUUGGUAGCAGGAAUAGUGAUGGUGGUGUUUGGCAAGUAGAUGUUGACAUGAUAGAUGCUCUCUUGGCUAGUCUGGUUGAAUACCUUCAACUUGAAAAUGCAUAUAAUAUCUUCAUUUUGAACCCUAAGCAAGACAAAAACAGGCCUAAAUAUGGAUAUCGGAGAGGCUUAUCCUUGGGUGAAAUCAGCUUGCUUAAAGAGAAUAAGACUUUGCAGACAGAGAUUCUUCAGUCAGAAGGCAUUCCUGAAACUCUUCUUGCUCUUUCUAAGAUUCAACGACCAUUGUAUGUGAAGCAUCCUAUGAUGAUGUUUUCAUGGACAAGGACUGAGGACACUGAUAUUGUUGAUUGGUACAAUAGUUGGCUUGAAGCAGUGGAUAAGUUUGGGAAGUUCUAUCAACUGAAAGACACCACUGAUGUUACUAAAGCCAAAGUUUUGCAGUUAUUGAAAGGGAAGCACAAAGACCUUAAGCUCUUGCUGGAAACGGUGUUAAAAUCUGGGGACUUUAGUGGUUUUCAUGCAGAAUGCCUCACCGAUAUGUGGAUUGGAAAGGAUAGAUGGGCAUUUAUUGAUUUAAACGCUGGUCCUUUCUCAUGGGGGCCUUCUGUUGGUGGUGAAGGUGUUCGCACAGAAGCAAGUUUACCAAAUGUGGACAAAACAAUCGGUGCAGUUUCAGAAAUUUCUGAAGAAGAAGCUGAAGAUCGUUUGCAAGAUGCUAUUCAGGAGAAAUUUGCUGUGUUUGGAGAUAAAGAUCAUCAAGCCAUAGACAUUCUUCUUGCAGAGAUUGAUAUAUAUGAGCUAUUUGCUUUUAAACAUUGCAAGGGAAGGAAAGCCAAGCUUGCCUUGUGUGAAGAACUUGAUGAGAGGAUGCGGGAUUUGAGAAAUGAGCUACAGUCAUUUGAUGGUGAAGAAUAUGAUGAAAGUCAUAAGCGAAAGGCCAUAGAGGCAUUAAAGCGAAUGGAGAGCUGGAAUUUAUUCAGUGAUACGUUAGAGGAAUUUCAAAAUUACACAGUUGCCCGGGAUGCUUUUCUGGCACAUCUUGGUGCUACUCUAUGGGGCUCCAUGAGACAUAUUGUUUCACCUUCACUUGCUGAUGGCGCCUUUCAUUACUAUGAGAAGAUAUCCUUUCAGUUGUUUUUCAUUACACAAGAGAAAGUUAGACAUAUUAAACAGCUUCCAGUGGAUAUGAAGGCUAUAAUGGAAGGACUUUCCUCAUUGUUGGUGCCUUCUCAGAAGCCAAUGUUCAGCCAGCACGUGUUGUUACUAGCAGAGGAUCCUGCUUUAGCAAUGGCCUUCUCUGUUGCUAGGCGAGCAGCUGCUGUCCCUCUAUUACUUGUGAAUGGGACUUACCGCAAGACAAUCAACACCUACCUUGAUUCUUCAAUUCUUCAGUAUCAGCUGCAGAGGCUCAAUGAGCAUGGUUCUCUUAAAGGUAGCCAUGCACAUUCCAGAUCCACUUUAGAGGUUCCAAUUUUUUGGUUCAUUUACAGUGAACCACUUUUGCUGGACAAACAUUAUCAGGCAAGGUCUCUUUCUGACAUGAUUAUUGUUGUUCAGUCUGAACACUCUUCGUGGGAAAGCCAUCUACAGUGCAAUGGGCAAUCGCUUUUAUGGAACUUGAGGCAACCUAUAAAAGCUGCAGUGGCUGCUGCUGCUGAGCAUCUUGCAGGCUUGCUCCCCCUUCAUCUUGUUCAUAGUCAAGCCCAUGAGUCUUCAAUUGAGGAGUGGACAUGGUCUGUAGGCUGUAACCCUUUCUCCAUGACAUCCCAAGGUUGGCAUCUUUCACAGUUUCAAUCUGAUUCAAUAGCUCGGAGUUACAUCAUCACAACUCUUGAAGAGUCAAUUCAACUGGUUAAUUCAGCAAUUCAUCUUCUACUCAUGGAACGUACUAAUGAAAAAAGUUUCAAGAUUUUCAAGUCCCAGGAGUAUGAUCUUGCGAACAAGUACAAUUAUGUUGUUAGCCUUUGGAGAAGGGUAUCAACAGUCACUGGAGAAUUACGUUAUGAUGAAGCAAUGAGGCUGCUAAAUACCUUGGAAGAUGCAUCCAAAAGGUUUCUUGACCAAGUUAACACAACUCUGGCCUAUCUCCAUCCAAUUAACUGCUCGAGAGAGAGAAAAAUUCAUCUGGUGUUUGACAUGACAACAAUCCCUGCCUUCUUGAUUGUUAUAGGGUGCCUUUACUUGGUAUUGAGGCCAAGGCGACCAAAACCGAAGAUUAACUAAGAUUUCUGGCCACAAUUAUGAAUUUCAUACAAUUGUUGGGAUUAAUAGCAUUAUAGUAACGGUUUCCCCAAAGUGUAAUAGUUUGGCCUUCGUGUAAAAAGGAUUUUCAAUCAUAUAUACAAAGUCGUCCAUAGUUUUUGUAGAA